AUGCUGCACAGCUUAAUCUGCGGUAAUGAAGCCAAUUACGUGCUGCUAUCUCGAUAUUUUCAACCACAAUUGACACUGAAAGAUCGGCAAGUAUAUGAGGCACAACUUGCACAAAUCUGCAAACAAAUGCCCGAUCUCUGGGGCGAUCGACAGACAAAAGUCGACCUUGCGUCGGUUCAAAGUCAACUAAUCGUGUGCGAGUCGCAAUUUGUAGUUGUCCGUCAGAUUGGAGAGCUUCGUUUGAUGCUAUCGGGUAAUGAGGAAUAUGAUGAACUAAUAUUGGACGAGAUCAUGACAGUGCUGCAAGCGGUGCUGAUGACUCAAUUGGACAAAAAACUCACGGAGGCUAGUCUGCUACUAAAUUAUGCCAAGGUGGUCGUCGCGCUUGAUGAAAUGGUGCAGGAAGGUCAUUUGGAAAAUUUAGAUGAGGUCAGUAUCGAUCAAAUGAUUAAACUUAAGCCAUACCCAUCAAAGUAG